GGCAGAACACAGUCACAGAAUGAUCAAAACCAAAUCCGUCCCCAAUUUUCUUCUCCGACUGGAAGUCAAUCGGCCGAAGGAAGCCUACGCGGUUUCUGGAGAACUGGGGCUAAGUUUUGUGGUAGUGAAAUGUCAAAGAGAGAAGGAGAAGCGGUGUGCGUAACAGGAGGGAGCGGCUACAUCGGUUCAUGGCUGGUCCGUCUUCUUCUCGAACGUGGAUACACCGUCCAUGCCACUGUCAAAGAUCUCAAGGAUGAGAAAGAAACGAAGCAUUUGGAAGAUUUUGAAGGAGCUAAAUCUUGUCUCGUGCUUUUCCAAAUGGAUCUCCUUAACUACGAUUCCAUUGUCACCGCCAUCGCUGGCACAACUGGUGUCUUCCACCUCGCUUCUCCCUGCAUUGUUGAUGAAGUCCGAGAUCCUGAGAAUGAGCUAUUGGCACCAGCAAUUAAAGGCACAAUUAAUGUACUCACGGCAGCAAAAGAACUCGGGGUUAGGCGUGUGGUGGUGACCUCAUCCAUAUCUGCAAUAGUCCCAAGCCCUAAUUGGCCAGCUGAUGUUGUCAAGAAUGAGGAGUGCUGGACGGAUGAGGAGUAUUGCAAGCAGAAGGGGGUAUGGUAUCCCCUUUCUAAAACACUAGCAGAGAAAGCUGCCUGGGAAUUUGCCAAGGAAAAGAAAUUGGAUAUAGUUGUGGUAAAUCCUGGAACGGUGAUGGGCCCAGUUAUCCCUCCGACAUUAAAUGCUAGCAUGCUAAUGAUCCUGCGCCUUCUUCAGGGUUGCACUGACGUAUAUGAAAAUUUCUUUAUGGGAUCUGUCCAUGUUAAAGAUGUGGCUCUGGCACACAUACUGGUGUACGAGAACAAAUCAGCAACUGGAAGGCACUUGUGUGUUGAGGCAAUAUCUCAUUAUGGUGAUUUUGCUGCGAAGGUGGCGGAACUUUUCCCAGAGUACAAGAUUCCAAGGUUGCCCAAGGAUACUCAGCCUGGGUUGUUGAGGGCAAAGGACGCGUCAAAGAAGUUGAUAGACUUGGGUCUCGAAUUUAUUCCCAUGGAGCAGAUUAUUAGGGAUGCUGUCCAGAGUUUGAAGAGCAAAGGCUUUAUUUCUUAAGAGUAAUUUUCGUGCUUUGAACUACGACUUUACUACCAAUAUAAUUGGAAUUUCAGGUGUUGGCUGAGGAUAAUUAUGGUGUAUGGAACUGAAUGCUUGUAUACUCUUGUUGUUAUGAUAUUUGUAUUAUACACUAAGACAUCUUCUGUCAUAUAAACCGGGAGGAAAUACAUGGAAAUGGCCGGUUGACCUGGCCAUAU